AUGGCUACAGAGGAAACGAAAAAGAAGCGACGACAGAACGUUGCGUGCGAUGGGUGCAAAUUUCGAAGAGUCCGAUGUGAUCUCUCUGACUUACUGGCUUCUCGUCCUUCUUCAUCAUCGUCUUCUCCGACUCCGCUCAGCUCACUGGUAGAGCAACAUCCAGAGGUAGGCUGUACGAAUUGUAAGAGUAAGGGAAUCAAUUGCUCGACAAAAGGUAUAAGGGAGCCUACGAGACCAAACAAGGGUGGGAAAAGGAUUGAUCGGGCCAGAAAAGAAUUCGGUGGAGAAGCCGACGUCAGAUUAGGUAACGUUGAUGGGAUACAGCAACUUGAAGAGGACGGAUUAGAACAAGAUGAUACUGGAUGGAAUAUAACGGGUGGAUUAAAUCAAGGAUUAGAUCAGAUCCCUUUUGACCCUUCAGAAUUCCUUGAUAUCCUCCCGCCAAAUUCUGUCACUCAAGAGUCUUCACUGCCCAAUCCAGCUUUAUUAAAUGAUCACAAUCCUCAACCUCCAUUUUCAACAAUAUGGUCCGACCUCCCAGCUCAUCAAACCCCCUUUCCACCCUUUGAUCCCUCCGUUUUCGAUGUCAAUCCAUCAUCUGUUCCUCUCGUAUCUGAUCUCACCUCAUCCCAUCCUCUACCGCCUAAUUCACUUUCCAGCGUACAUACAUCUGAAUCUUAUCAAUCAACUGCUCCCGGAACACCUGGCAAUUUCUCAGAAGCGGCAUUGAUAUGGCGACAAUUUGCCAAUAAUCGGAAAGAAGCCAUUCAUCUUGUUCAUACCACCGGUCUUACCCCUGGAGCAGAUGGAGUGCAGCUCAGCGAAGAGGAUAAUCUGCCUGACAGCUUAGAAGAGAGACUUGUAGCUCAGAUGUCUGAAGUGUCAGAGCAUGGUUCUCAUCAAUCCACCGAUCUACCAGAUCCUUUUAAUGGUAGACUUAUGAGUCCAAUCGUAUCAGUAUCGACUCGAAAAUCUGGAUACAACCAAGAGAAACCGCCCUUGGUUGAUACAGACUAUCAGAGAACUCCCGGUGGUGAAGGAAGAAAAAGAAAUAGAUCAGUGUACGAUAACGGUAGAGAUGGAAAGGUAGCUUUGGUCUCACAAAACCCAUGGAAACUGUUCGCUUCCGACUCGUCAUCUCACACGGUGAGAUGGGGUAGGAAUGAAGCCGUCUCGGAGAUAUUAGCAGAUAAGAUGUUGGGCAUGGCACUAGGUAACCAUCUUGUUAAAACUUUCUUCCAAGCUGUUCAUCUGUCUUAUCCUGCAAUCAGUCCAGAAUCAUUCUAUCUUGAAUGGGCCAGGGCAGGUCAAAGAUCAGACCGUAUGACUCCAUCUCAAGAAGCAUUGUGUGCAGUGAUUGAAGCUUGGGGUGCUAGGUAUUCGGAUUCUCCGGUUGUACUAGGACUGAGCGAAGCCAAAGCAAAUACUGCUCCAAAAGUUAUUCAAGCCGAUGGUACUUUCAUACCCGGCACGCGCGCUCGUACACAUUGGGGUCGUGCUCGUCUGGCCGCUUGCAAAGCUUUAUUGGAUCGCGCAAAACGCCUGAUUGACGAAAAUGGGAUUUACAGGCAACCCAGCAUUACUGGGGUCCAGGCACUGACUUUAUAUAGUCAGCUAAUGCAUAUGACGGAUCAAAAAGUACUUGAUAAUGAUCAUUGCUUACAGACUCGCAUGGUACAUUGCACUAUCAUCGAACAAAUGUCGAUACUGGGCUUGAUGUGGGAUGCAGACGGACCUAUCGUAACCGACGAUACCGAGGCGGCAAUCAGCUUUUCGCAGUUGCAGAUGAAACAGAGGCGGUUGUUCUGGACGCACAUGGUUGGAGACGCUUUCUUUUCAGCCUCCAUAGGCAUGUUACCUAAAAUUCCACAAGAAGAUGUAGAUGCUGCCGGAGAAUGGAUCGAAAUCGUUCGAGAAAGAUUACCUCAUUCCUCCUUCAAGCUGUUGGCAUUCUUCUUAUCCAUAUAUCAUCGAUUAGGGUUAGCAGGACGAGAAGUCGCUGUGAAAGUCUCGUAUCCUCUACGUAAAAAGGGAUCGGCGGACGUGGGCAAGAUUUGCAUGGCAGUGAGAAGGAUUUGGAAAGAUAUCAGAGGUAUCAACAAAGAUCUGAUUGUUCAUUCUGCUGAUCUGAUGGGCGCCUGUCAUAAAGAUGAUCUGCUUGGUUUCUCACCGUUGAACUUUUUGGCGAACCUUCGGCUUUCCUGUCCAUUCCUCCUACUUGUGAUCCAUCAACUCAUUCGUGAUCAAUUGGCAUUCUGGAAGGAAGUACAUCCUACCCCAGCAUUUAUUACGACUCCUUCAGACGGUUCUGGUAAUUCUCAUUCCUCAUCUCCGACCUACUCUGAUCCGUCUUCUGCGACAUCCGGACAGCCUAGAAAGAACAGGGCGGGCAAAGAAAAUGUGGAACUGUUAGAGCGUUUGAACAAAGAAAGCGUGGAUGCUUUGCUACUCAGUUGUAGAGGACAAGUCAGGAUGCUCGAGUCAAUCAUACCCACUGGGGUUAUACAGUCCGCAUCAAUUAUGUUACGUGUCUUGAUCGCUACUGCUCAAUUGCUUGCAGAGGUACCAACGAAUGAACAGGGUUAUCCCGAUAUUACACCCGGUGGAUAUGGCUGGACUUGGAAUACAAAGCAGGCAGAGGUGAACAUCUGUGUUGAGGCGUUGCAUCAAGUCGGAUGGGCGUGGGCAGACGUUGGAGACACCCUUGAUUCAGUAGCAUUGACGAUGGAACGUAUGACUCCCUCUCCAGAUAUCCUGGCCGCUUAUACGGCAAAACAACAGGACUCUGAGAGCAAACCAAGCAAUGAGAUAAUCAGAAUGAGGGAGGAAGAUAAUAAGGCAAGUGAGAAAUCAGUGAAUGCGGUUUUAGCAUUCUGGCCUCCAAUAUCUAUCCCACAACUUAUCGAAAAAGCAUUAAGCAGGAAUCGGAAUGCGAUGUUCGAAACAGGUCUACCGGGUAUGACGAAUCAUUUGCAGCAAACUAGAUGGAACAAGAGCCCCGCUCGUACAGGAGUCAGAGGAAGACCCAUUCAACCUUCACUGAUACCGAUUCCACCCGAUACCUCGAGGGGAGAUGGCAGCAUACCUUCGGAUCCUACUGAUUCUCGAUCACACUAUUUUCAUGACGAAACCAAGUAUAACGGCAACGAACGGAUUGGUGAAGGUAUCAGACCUGCUAGUAUGACAUUUAGUGGAAUGAAUGAGGGUUUGUUCGAACAAAGUGCAGAUCAAUCUAUGUCAAACGCAGACCCUCAACUUCCAUAUUGGAUAGCUUUUCAACAAGCUGCAAAUCUCGCUAGUGAUCAAAAUGUACCCACUCUGCAAGAUACAGCUUUCCAAUAUCCUGAUUUUCAAUCGAGCGAGAAUCUAUCGUUUAUCAAUCCGCAAACUGAAUUUUGGGCCCAAAAUCAACUGCCGGCAAACGCACAUCUUUUCGGCUCUACUCAACUGCAAACUCCCGCAAAUGUCGACACAGGUACAGGUAUAGGAACAAACGAAUUGGACGUAGAAGCUUUCUUGACCGAACUAGGAUUAGAUCAAAUGCCUCUAACUGGUCAGAAUGGGUCAUAG